CAUCGCCACUCGGCCAGUCUCGCUGCAGCCGCUGGGGCUCUCCGGACGACGCCUGACCUCAACAAGCCUCGAACCCUGAACCUCGAACGUCAGACGCUGCUGGCUCGCGUAUAACCCCACAGGCACAGAGAUGGGUCCCAAGGCAGACCCCGAGACACAGGCUCUGCGCAAGGAGGUGGAAGACCUCAUCGCCAAGCUCAAGGAUGAGCAGCAGAAGGUGGCGGAUGCGAAGAUCGAGGAGGUGUGCGGAAACAUGUCGGAUCUGCCGCGCAUCCGACUCACCACCAAGAAGCUGCUCAAGGGACACCUCAACAAAGUCAACUCGGUCCACUACAGCGGCGACAGCAGGCACGCGGUGACGGGCUCCCUGGACGGCAAGCUGAUCAUCUGGGACACGUGGACGGGCAACAAGGUGCAGAUCAUACCGCUGCGCUCCUCCUGGGUCAUGAGCGUCGCCUUCUCACAGUCUGGCAACUUUGUCGCGUGCGGCGGCAUGGACAACAUGUGCACGGUGUACGACCUCAACAACCGGGACUCUACGGGCGCCGCCAAGAUCGUGCGCGAGCUGGCGGGCUACGAGGGCUUCCUGUCCUCCUGCCGCUUCAUCGACGACCAGACGCUCAUCACCGGCUCCGGCGACAUGAAGAUAUGCCUGUGGGACCUGGAGGCCGGGAAGCGCAAGAUGGACUUCCAGGGCCACUGCGGGGACGUGGUGUCUAUCUCGCUGUCCCCGGACUGCAAGAACUACGUGACCGGCUCGGUGGACCGCACCUGCAAGCUGUGGGACCUGAGCGAGGACAAGUGCCGGCAGAUGUUCCUGGGGCACGAGGCCGACGUCAACUCCGUCUGUUUCCACCCAGGGGGCCAGGCGUUCUCGACGGCGUCUGAAGACAAGUCCGCGCGGCUGUGGGACCUGCGGUCUGACCAGCAGGUGGCGCGCUACGAGACGCCGGCGGGCAAGGGCGGCCCCGGCUUCACCUGCUGCGGGCUCUCCCUGUCCGGCCGCUACCUGCUGGCCGGCGCCGACGACAACUCCAUACACUCCUGGGACACCCUCAAACUCUCACACUGCGGCACGCUGUCUGGGCAUGAGAACAGGGUGACAUCACUGAACGUGUCCCCCAAUGGCAUGGCUGUGGCCACAUGCUCCUGGGACCAGUAUGUACGAGUCUGGGGCUGAACCCAGGACCCCUGCCACUGCUACCACCACCACCACCACCCGUAGCCCCACCCACCAUAAACAGCCGACUGCGGAGCAGAUGUUGGCCGUCAAGUAUGGUGUCACCUCAUGGAAAGGCACUUCAACACUUUCGUGGUCGUGACACGUAGUGCAGUGUGAGGGCACUGCCCAAGAGGUGAAAUGAAUCUCACAAUGCCAUGUACCCUCCCCAUUCUUAACUGAUACAUUUCAAGAGUAAUACUACAGGAUGUCGGGUUAAGCUUCAGGAUGCUACAAAUCAAAUUGCAGACAAAUUGCACUGCUCACAUUCACCAAUGUUGUUUAUUUUAUCCAAAAUUUUGUUCAAGAACUAAACUCGCUCCUCUUCAUACUGAUAUUACAUUUUUUGUGCUGCAAAGCCGUUAAUGUACUUCUUCUUGUUUCAUUUUGUAAUCUAGUAAUUGAUAUAUCAAUUUAUAUAGACAUAUGUUAUCAUGUCACAAGUGUAAUUACGCUACAGCUCUAAUAUUACUUCAAUCUACUCUCAAACACUCAUAUAUUUUUGCAUCAUCUCAGUCACAUCAUAUCACUCACUCCAAUUCAGUUCCACCACUUCUCCAAUUCUCACUUCUGCAUCUUCCUGUAUAUUUGAAGUCAUUGUAAUCAACACCAAUUUUAACAAAUACUAGAUGUAAGGUUCAGCUUUCAGGUGUUAUAAAUUAAUUUACAAACAAGUUGUUCUGUUCACAGUCACCAAAAUUAUUAAUUCUGGCCACAUAUAGUUUUAAACAGUUACCCCCAUCUUAUUAAUGUCGACAGCUGCAUUUGCUCUGUUGUAACACAAGUAAUUUAUUUGUUCCUGUCUCGUUAUACAAAGUAACACUUGACAUAUUCAUUAAUAUGGAGGUAUAGUAUCAUAUUUAAAGCAUAAUUUCGCUACAGCAAUAGUACCAGAUACUCACAAACACACAAAUAUUUGUACAGCAUUACAAUCACACAAAAUCACUCCCUCCACUUUAAUCUCAUAACUUCUGCCUUUGCAAUACUUGUUUCUGAAUCCUCCUGUAUAGUUAAAUAUUACAUAACAGAUGUAAUUUAAAAAUAUCAAUACUUAUUAUGAGGUUAAGCUUAAGAAUGUUAAAAAUUAAAUGUCAAAAUUAGUGUUUUUGUGGUGUGAUACAUUAAUGUAUCUACCCUUGGUUCAUUUCAUAAAUUAGUGUUAGAUGAAUCAAUUUUUACAGUGAUGUAUAAUCUUUCCUUAAGUAUAAUUGUACUACAGUUGUUACAUUAUUUUCAUUAAUUCUAAAAUACAUAUCCAUUUGUGCACCAUCUUAAUCAGACCAUUUUACUCAUUGCACUUCAUUCCCUACACUCGAUAGCAACUGAAAGCAGGAGAAAGUCAAAUAGUAGAAGAAAAAUACUCACGUAAAAACACAAGGUUCAUUCAGUGAACUUCAUACAGUUAACAUUAUCUUGUGUGGAAAAUAUCCCUUAAGUUUUUUUAAGAUAAACUCACAGUAUUGUCGAUCCUAUUUUCUUAGUGUAAUUCUUGUCUGUGUACUACCCUCCAGUUUGGUUACAUUGCUUGAAAGCAAAUAAAUUGCUUGCAAUUUGAUGCCAGUAGGAAAAAGAGAAGAGUUGCUCCUAGUUUUUUCAUAUGGAAUACAACAAAAAUGGCAUAAAAUCUCAUUUAUUUUUUAUCUAAGAAUAUCAUCUAAAAGUGCCUGAUUAACGUUAAUUUUUUGUGUUGCUUUAUUAAUUCAAUUAAAAAACAUACAAUCCUAUUAUUUAUAUAUUUAUGAAGUAAAUAUUAUGAGAAUAUCCCAUGCCUGUUAAAAAUUCCUAAUAGCUUUGUAAAGUCUCUCUGUUGUUCCCUGAAAACUUUUGAUGACAGAUGAAAGCUGAAGCAUGUAUUGCUUCUGUCUCUCGUUUUUCUUAAAUUAUUUAUUCUUUGUUCUCUAUCAACUAAUCACAUGUCUAAGCUAGACCAUUAAAAACUUUCAAUUUACUAACUAGGUGUAGAGAAGUAAUGAAAUCUUCAUUUUUAUGACGCCACAAAAGAUCUGUUGCACAGAACUGAUCACUCUAGUCAAAUUUGUCAAAACAUAGUGUUGCUUUGUUAGAAAAAAUAGUUCGAUCUAGUAAUGACUGUUUUAUUCACUCAUUUUCAUACGUUUGUCCUACUGUUCUGCUUCAAACUUAAGUUGAAUGAGCAUUUCCUGUUUUGAUUCGGAAGAGAAAUUGGAAACAAAAGUGUCAAGAUAACAGAUUCAGGAAACAUAUAUCAUAAAUGGAUUUGCAUGUUUUGGUGAAGCCAUAUGAGAAAUAUUGUGACUAGCAGAUUGUUAUUUACGAAACUUUUAAACAAUGGUGAAAUUUAAAUAAAAUACUUUGUUUAUAGAAGUGGCACAAACCAUGCUUUAACAUACACGCUGACAAGGAAAAUAGAAAUAUCAUUUAUUACAUUCGUCACUUUUGCAGAUAAGCAAAAUUAACUGUGGAACUAUUUUUGAAACAGUUAUACCUUUUGCGAACCAUUUUACAUUGACAGAUAGGCUCUGGAGAGUGUAAUGAUGCUCUACUAUGUGGUGCUUCAACCUGAAGGCUUGCAAUUCACACUGAAGAUUCGUUAUAUUUUUGGUAUUGUUUCCAUUGCUUGAAUAUCCUAAUUUUUGUAAGCAGUUUCUCAGAUUUUUCAGAAUCAGUGCAUUUUAUCAUUGAUUCAUCACUGCCCUCAUAACUACUGUGAGGGCAGCUGCAAACCAAAAAACAGUAACAUUUGUCAGACUGGUGGCAGUUUGCUGCCAAUUAUUUCAUGUGGCUGUUAUCUGAACAAAAAUAUUACCUGAAGACAAAGAUAUUGUUCUUGAAUGACAGCUACCUUCACACGAAAGUGGAAUACAACAGGGACACCUUGGCUCACUCUCCCAUCGAUCUGACUUAGGGUCACUGGUGUGUGAUGCUGCCUAACUAAUGCAGUUUUUGAAAUGAGAACAAUAUAGGUUAAGGAGGCUGCAGUAAACAACCUGUGUGGUUCAGGUAAUUAUUAAAUCUGUAAUGCAGAAAUAAAUUUUAAGAAGUUGAUGGUCCUAUUUUCUCCACUUUUGAAGGUCAUAAGCUAGCCUACGUCUGUUACCCUACGGAGCCCAAGUUUUAUACAAAUUUAAGGUGGAAUAAAACCAAAGUGGGAGGCAGUUAAAAAAUAUGAGAAAUUUAAAAACUAUGUUACAGCAACAAUAAUACAGAUUUAGAUAAAGUAUUAUUUUUUUUUGUUUCACAAAAGGAUUUGUCUUCUUUAUCAUUGUUUAUUAAAUAAAAUGCAUCCAGAGCUUAUGGGAUCUUUCAAUUUAUUUAUAAAAGUUUUAAUUCACAAGUAAACAUCUCUUUUGCCUGUGCAUUUCGUUUUGAGGUACAGCUUAUUCCACAGAAUGUGUCAAGCCUUCAAGGACUUCUUUUGAGUUAACUUAGAACACUUUAUUUCAAGAUGAAAAACAUCCCCACAUUUUUAUAGAAAAGAAAUAUCUCUCUUGUUAAAGAGGUUGAGGUGACUUGAACUUUAUGACUGUCCUUGUAAAAUAUUACAUCUGCCUUAUGUAAAGCAAUUACAAUACAUUACCAACAACAACUGUUACUUUGAAACAGUGUGUUCUAUGAUAACUAUAUGUAAAAUUAUUAUUUUCCAGAUAGUAUGUUCUAGAGCAAAAUGUUUACAUCACUUUAAGGAUAAAUACUUCCAAACCAUAAUCUUAUUACAGAGCUCAAUACAACUGGAGACUGUGUUUCUGCAUUGUAUGAACACAGUUAAUGUAUGUUCAAACCAUUUAUGGUGAUAAAUAGGCUGUGAUACAUACAAAUUCUUUCCAAAGUUAUCUUGUUAAGAAUUAUCACUUAAGUUACAAAAUGUAUAUAACUCUGUCAUGCCUGAGACAUCUGUCAUUGAUGAAGAUGCAUAAAAACAAUGGCCACACUUGCAGUGGCGUUUAUAAUGAGGUUUAUAAAUUACAGCAGAAAAUAAAUGGUAUGUGAUGAAUUUAUAUGGGGAUCCAAAUUUACAUAAACAUAAUAAGAAUCCUGAAUAAUAUUUAUUAAGUAAUGAAGCAUUGAUUAUCUGUAUAAGGGUUUUCAGUAGCUUCUUAUAUAUAGUGUAAACUAUAAUUUACACAUAAAAAAUUCAAUUCCAGUGUGACCCUAACUUGUACAGAAAUGUGUGUUCAGUGUACAAUAUCAAAUUCUAUGUUGAUUACUAAGUUAUUGCCACAUAUUAUAGUGACACUGUAAAACACAGAUGACAGUUCCACCAAAAAAUCCAUAGAAAUGAAUCUGAUGUAAACAUGACUGAGAAUGAGGGAGCAAUCCUUGAAAACACUUUGUAGAUCAAUGAAACACCAACAGUAAUAUCAUAAUACAAUGUUUGUUUGUCAUCUCAUUUAUGUAGCCCUGGACAUUUCGUGGAAUGUGCUACCAAAGUUGGUGUAACAUUGACCAAUGAAGAUGUAAGCACCUUAUACGCAAGCUCACAAGAGAGUAUAAUAAUGAUGCAGCUUAACAUACGGUGUCUAACACCGUACUGGUAAAAAUAACUAUUUGGUGUUUAGUCAUAUACAAGCAGAAUUAUCAAUACAUAUACAGUGUGAGUGGAGUCAUUAUAUCAUAGUCUAAAAAUAAAAUUUAUUGUACCAGGUUCACACAAAAAUGUGGAUAUCUUAAAUAAGAAACAAAUCAUUGCACACACUAAUAAAAGUUUGUACAGUUAUCAGGGGAGGGGCCCACCUACUUGCUAGAUCUGUACUGUGUGUCAUGAAGUUUGCUGCAAAUUGGUAGCUUUCCCUAAACUACUGUAACAAUGAUUUGUACCCAACAAUAAGCAAGGGAUUUCACAUGUUUUGUGCCAUAGUAAUAGAUUGCCUAAAGAACUAAUAACAUUGGUUAAACAUUCCGCAAACAAUCCAUUUCAGCUUAUUAUUAAUAUCUUAAUGAGAGCUUAACGUUUAUUUGUUAUGUACUCUCUUCCAUAAACAUUGUGAAACGAAUUAUUGCAGGUACACAACCUGUAACAUAUGUAAUUUAGUAAAAACAUCUGAAUAACGAAUACUGUAGUAACGUAAACUGCCUGUGUACCAAACUCUUUACAAAUCAAUUUCCAUGUUAGUUUCUUUGGAGAAUGCUGCUUAACAUUAUAAGGUGUUGUAAUUAGAUAAUAUUCAGCAGUAAGGCUACGCUAAUGUCAUUCAUUGACUGAUUACACAAAUGCUGAUGACAUCAGCAAGAAAACGAAUUAUAUGUUUGCAGGGAGCAUUAGAAGCCAAGAGGUAAUUAUGUGUCAAAUUUAUCAUCAUUAAAUUGCUAGCCUCUAUAUGUGCUUAGACACAUUUGUAAACAAAUAAUAAAAGAUUAGCAG